ACUGUAAUACAAUAUAUAGACAGUCCCUUAUGUUUGUUGAUAUAGUGAGCCAUUGAUAUGAAUUGUAUGUAAAUUAUGAUUCAAUUGAUUGACUGAUUGAUUGUUUACAUGAAUAACAUUUCAUCGAUUUGACAGAAAUGCCGGAAAAGAAAAGCAAAAGUGAGUCCAACGGCUCUGUUAACCAAACAAUCGCCGAUAAAUGCAAAGUCAACGGUGAGACCAAUUGUGGUCACAAUUCAGGAAACACUUUAGUAUUGAAUCACGAAAGAGGAAGAAGUGCUUUCUCUCCCUAUCGGCCCUCAACUGUAUUAACAAAUCUUCAGCGCGGAAACAUCCAAACGCAGACACCGACCAAUUGGCCCGAAAGGACUAUUCAUGAGUUGGCAGCGAUGGGAGAGUUGUUUGUUCAAAGUUUAGACGGUGUGGUCAUAGAUGAGUUGGAUGAUCAAGGAUUUAGUCCACUGCUUUGGGCCGCAUCUUAUGGUCAGUUGACGACAGUUAAGCUGUUGAUAUCAAAAGGAGCCGAUAUUAACAUUUGUGGCAAACAUGGAGAGACUGCUCUACUAUUAUCUGUGGCUAACGGACACAUCCACGUACUUAAAGAGUUGAUUAACAAUGGAGUUAAUAUCAAUGACACCGAUGAGGAUGGCAACUCAGGCCUUAUGUUUGCUGCCUUUGGAAACCACGCUCUCUGUGCUAAUGAACUUUUGAAAGCCGGCGCCGAUAUUACUGUUGAAAACAGCUUUUUGGACACAGCUUUCACUAUUGCCAUCAAAAAGAAGAGCAAACAGGUUCAAUUGAUUCUUGAAAAACAUAUUCUUCAGCUCUUCAAUUAAGUUCAACCGAUAUUUAAUGUAUUUUAUUUUAUAAAUUUUAAUUUAUUAUAAGUUAUAUUAUUAUUUUUACAAUAAUUGUAAUAUUAAUAUUAAUCAUUUUACCUAUUAUUGUUA